AUGCUGACAGGCGUCUGCGAAGACGCCUGUCAAGAAAGGGUGUCAAGGCAACACACCGACAUUCAGCCAGCUUCGGUGUUAUCAAUCCUACCAGCUACAGCCCAUACACAACUUAUUUACUACACAAUUUGGACCAGCCCUUUUCUUUUUGCCAAUCACACCUGCAAUCGAAGUACCCUCACCUUUGCUAAGCUUGAUUUUCCCAUCGACAUAAACAAGAAGGUGCACCACUCAAUUGCUGGGGCGGAUCUGGUCGACCACAUGCUGUUAAAGCUGGCAGAAAUGGGAAAGACGACAGGAAACGAACGGUGA